AUGCGUACGCAUCCCACGUUUUACGUUGGACGUCUUCGACCGUACUAUCAGUACGAGCCUGUCUCGAGAUGCGAAGAACACCUCCGCGGUCGAGAGCCGAGACCACCUUCGAGUGUCCCGUUUCAACAAGCCAGUCUGGUCGACUAUCGAAGCGACCUUCUCACGCAGUUGAGCGAUGUCUCGACGAGAUACAGCCAGCUCGUCACGAAGAGAACGAACCGAACGUUCGUUCUCAAGUUGCGCAAGCGCAAACACGACACAAUAGUUCGAACGAUCGUGCGCUAA